AUGGAGAAGGACGAGGCCGUGGAGUACCUUGAGAGCUUGGUGGACAAGAUCCUUCGUGUCCAUACCUCGGACUCGCGAGUGUUCGAACGAAACAUUAUACUGAGCAGUACGCAUGAGUAUCGCUGCCCAACUGAGCCAGCUAUCGUCUCUUCAGAGGAGACCGGUAGCCCGAAAGCGGCCAGCAACGAGCCAUUCGACCUCAAGGCCGACAUGUCCCAGCGGUUCAUUGGACUGGUCGUCAUCCCUGGCCAACACAUUACAAAGAUCGAGCUCGAUAAACCUACGACAGGUGCAAAAGCUGGCUGA